AUGCAGAACAACAAGACAGAUGGCGAGGAGGGAGAGGGGGGACCCAACAUCCAGGGUGAUGGGAUCCCGAAAGAAACCAGUCCGUUCAUCAACAGUGACGGGGAGAAAAGCCAACACUAUGAUGGCAAGAACAUGGCUUUGUUUGAGGAGGAAAUGGAUACCAGUCCGAUGGUGUCCUCUCUGCUGUCUAGUCUUGCCAAUUACUCAAACUUACCAACAGGCAGCAAGGAGCACGAGGAGGCUGAGAACAAUGAGGAAGCUCCACGGGCCACCAAACAGCCUGUUAAGGCUCCACAGUUGGGCACUCUGAUGGGCGUGUACUUGCCCUGUAUCCAGAACAUAUUUGGGGUCAUCCUGUUCUUAAGAAUGACUUGGAUGGUAGGAAUCGGUGGAGUUUUGGGUUCUUUCAUCAUCGUCUUAUGCUGCUCAACGACCAUGCUGACAGCCAUUUCCAUGAGUGCAAUUGCCACUAAUGGAGUUGUCCCAGCUGGAGGUUCUUACUACAUGAUAUCACGUUCUCUUGGCCCGGAGUUUGGAGGAGCAGUUGGGAUCUGCUUUUAUCUGGGGACCACAUUUGCAGGUGCCAUGUACAUACUGGGCUGUAUAGAAAUAUUACUGAUUUACAUAGUUCCUCAAGCUGCUAUCUUUAAGAUGGAGGGCCUGGAGGGAGCAGAGGCAGAGAUGGCACUCCUCAACAACAUGAGGGUCUAUGGCACCAUCGUCCUGAGCUUCAUGUCACUGGUGGUAUUUGUGGGGGUCAAAUACGUGAAUAAACUGGCACUGGUUUUCCUCGCUUGUGUGAUUCUGUCCAUUUUGGCUGUCUAUGCUGGAGUUAUCAAUACAAUCAUAGAACCUCCACUGUUCCCUGUGUGUCUUCUGGGAAACCGCACGCUUCUCUCCAAAAGUUAUGACGUUUGUGCAAAGGCAAUUGAAAUAGACAAUGAGACAAUCACCACCAAACUGUGGCUGUCCUUUUGCGAUUCUGACGUUCUCAAUGCCACAUGUGAUGAAUAUUUCAAUAACAACAAUGUCACAGAAAUUCAAGGCAUCCCGGGAGUGACUAGUGGCAUCCUGUCAGAAAAUCUUUUUAGUAACUAUCUUGAAAAGGGCAUGAUGUUGGAGAAGAAAAAUGUUUUGUCAGAACAAGACCCAGACACUCCGACCACUAAUUCAGGACGAUAUGUGCUCGCAGACAUUACCAGCUUUUUUACACUUUUGGUGGGGAUUUACUUUCCCUCUGUAACAGGCAUAAUGGCAGGAUCAAAUAGGUCAGGAGACUUGAAGGAUGCUCAAAAAUCAAUCCCUAUUGGUACAAUUGCAGCCAUCACCACAACAUCUACAGUGUAUAUGUCUUGUGUGGUGCUGUUUGGAGCUUGUAUAGAGGGAGUAGUCCUGAGAGACAAAUUUGGUGAAGGAGUGAACGGUAACCUGGUCAUUGGUACUCUGGCAUGGCCGUCACCAUGGGUGAUUGUGUUUGGGUCAUUUUUUUCCACUUGUGGAGCAGGUCUGCAGAGUUUGACUGGGGCUCCACGCCUCCUACAGGCCAUUUCUCGAGACGGAAUCAUUCCUUUUCUCAGAGUGUUUGGACAUGGCAAAGCAAACGGUGAGCCAACCUGGGCCCUCCUGCUCACUACCAGUAUUUGUGAGAUUGGCAUCCUCAUCGCCUCUCUGGAUUCAGUCGCUCCCAUUCUCUCUAUGUUUUUCUUGAUGUGCUACAUGUUUGUGAAUCUGGCCUGUGCCCUACAAACCUUACUGAGAACUCCAAACUGGAGGCCCCGCUUCAAGUUUUAUCACUGGACUUUGUCUUUCUUGGGUAUGAGCCUCUGUCUGUCUCUGAUGUUCAUGUGUUCCUGGUAUUAUGCCAUAGUAGCCAUGGGCAUUGCCACCUGCAUUUACAAAUACAUUGAGUUCUGUGGAGCUGAGAAGGAGUGGGGUGAUGGAAUACGCGGCAUAUCUCUCAGUGCCGCUCGAUUUGCUCUGAUGAGACUUGAGGAAGGCCCACCACACACCAAGAACUGGAGGCCUCAGCUUCUGGUCUUGGUGAGUUUGGACUCUGAGCAGAAUGUGGAGCAGCCUCGUCUCCUCUCUCUGACCAAUCAGCUCAAAGCAGGAAAAGGCCUCACCAUCGUUGGCACCUCUGUUCAAGGCACAUUCCUGGACAACCACAUUGAGGCCCAGAGAGCAGAACAGGCCUUAAGAAAGCUGAUGGAGACAGAGAAGGUGAAGGGCUUCUCUCAGGUGGUGGUCUCUUCCAGUCUGAGAGAUGGUACCUCCCACCUGAUCCAGGUCGGGGGUCUUGGAGGCCUUAAACAUAACACAGUGAUGGUCAGCUGGCCUCAUAACUGGAAACAGCCACAAUACAACCAACAAUUCAGAAACUUUAUUGAGGUGGUACGGGAAACAACAAUUUCCAGCCUGGCUCUGUUGGUUCCUAAAAACAUCUCAAGUUAUCCCUCAAAUGGAGAACGUUUUACUGAGGGCCACAUCGAUGUGUGGUGGAUUGUUCACGAUGGAGGGAUGCUGAUGCUCCUGCCCUUUCUAUUAAGACAGCAUAAGGUGUGGAGGAAGUGUAAAAUGCGCAUUUUCACUGUUGCUCAGUUGGAUGACAACAGCAUCCAGAUGAAGAAAGAUCUCAUCACAUUCCUCUAUCACCUCCGAAUAGACGCCAUGGUCGAAGUGGUGGAGAUGCUUGACAGUGACAUCUCAGCCUACACUUAUGAGAAGACUCUGAUAAUGGAGCAGCGUUCACAAAUCCUGAAACAGAUGCAACUGACAAAGACUGAGAUGGAGAGAGAGAUCCAGAGCAUCACAGACUCAUCCCGUGGAUCCAUAAGGCGCAAAAGUGCAUCAGCCUUUCGCUCCCAACGCAGCACAGACGAGUCAUCUACAGUCACAGAGGAGGAGUCUGCAGCUGUCCCCAACCGUAAAAACAGCAAAAAAACAUCUACACCCGCAAGCCCCACUUCCCUCAGUUCACCAGCAGGGGGCACUGGUACCUGGACUGAUGGGAAAGCACAAGAGAGCAGUCCAAACAUGGUCACAGAGGGAGGCAAAGACAACUUCAACAUGAAACCGAACCAGACAGAUGUGAGGCGCAUGCACACGGCCCUGAGACUGAAUGAAGUCAUCAGUAAGAAGUCCAAGGAGGCCAAACUGGUCCUGCUCAACAUGCCAGGGCCUCCCAGGAACCGCAUCGGGGAAGAAAACUAUAUGGAGUUUCUAGAAGUGCUCACUGAAGGUCUAAAUCGAGUCCUACUAGUUCGAGGAGGAGGGAGAGAGGUCAUAACAAUCUACUCAUAAACAGCAAAACAAUAGAGCAUUGAAGAGGCUACACUACAUGCACUUUUGUGUGUCUUAAUGAAAAGGCUAGUUAUUGUCAUUAUUAUUAAGCAGUUAGUCUGAAUAAUUAACUAGAUAGUUGUAAAUUUUUUCUUCUGAUUUAUUUAGAUAUAAUAUUUUACUCUCUUUGGUUACAUUUAACAUGUCUCUGAAGUGAAGUGGAGUGCAUUAAAACUGCAUAACUCACGGCUCUAUGCUGUUUAUCUCUUAUACCACGGCUACAAAAUGGCUCACUUGUGAAUAAGAAAAGCUUGUUCACUGUCUGUAAAUGUCUCAAUUAUUUCUAUGUUUUAAAUUAAGCUAGUCCCUACAUGCUACUCACAGCAGUUAAGCAUUUGAUUACCCUUUUAUAUGGCGAUGUCAUGGCAAUGGCUGCAGUUUUGUUUUUGUUUUUGUCAAUAACAUCACAUAAAAUAUUACGAUCAGCCAGAAUAAUGUCAGAUAUUACAGUAGAUAAAAUGUUCUCGUACAGUGAAACUUUGAUAGAAACUGCAGCAGUAAAAAUGAAAAAUAAAAAAAUAAAAAUAGAAACACCUUAUCACAUCCAUACUAAUAAAAAACACAUGAAAUAAAUUAACAAAUAAUUGCACUGAUUAGCGGUACACUCAUUACACAGCAGAACACAAUACUGUCUUUGUCUGAAAUCAGUAAUAAAGCAACAAACAUCUAGUAUCUGUAUUUGAUAAUAGCCUGUAUCAUAAACACAUUUGAAUUGUUUUAUUUUGUUUGAGAAAUGUCCAUCUAUUACAGCCAUAAAGAUCACCUGUAUAAGCUUGAGUACAGACGCCAUGGUUGAAUAUAAUGAAAUAACGAAUAUAUGGAAAAACUGUACAUAAACAGAUUUGUGUUUGUACGGAUAAAGAUCACCAUUGCAUUAAAUUACUUUCUGUAUGUCUCCAAUAGAAUCAAUGUAGCAUCUUUUUUUUGUGUUUAUAUCAUAUCAUUUUGCAAAAGGUUGUAGAUAGCCCUGUUGUUGUUUUACACUUUUGUUUUGCUUAAUUUAAACAUAUUUUAAAUGCAUACAUACAUAUUUGUUAUAGAAUGAUUUUAUUUUUAUUGUAUUUACUGGCCUCAAUUGACAGGAAGAGACAGGAUUCAGUCAGAAAUGGCUUGCUGUUUAAACAAAAUGAAAACAAAAUAACAAAAUCAGUGGCUGUACAUUUUACAUAGACACCAUUAAAAUUGUCACAUCUACACAUUCCUAUGCAGUGGUGGAGCAUAACAAAAUCAAAGGAGUAAAACACUAUAAUUAAGUAAAAAUUUUAGGCAUCUGUAAUUUUUACUUUUAGUUUUUACUACAUUUGAAAGAAGGUAUUUAUACUUUCUACUCCACUACAUUUUUGAACUGGACUGAAAAGUAUAUUUAUUAUGGUAUGAGACCUGCUGAAAAGCCUGAGUGGUUUGUUUUUAACACAUUUGCAGCUUGAGCAAAUAAAAAUAUACAAAGAGAAACAGAUUAAUUAAAUUGCUCACUUCAGUCACUACAU